GGUGCAGUUGCGACAGGAGUGGAGCAGAGUGGAGUUCCACGGGCCGUUCCACGAAUCCGGUUCUGUUCGUCACUGGUCACUCCGCGAUCAUCCGCGAACGAGUCUCGAGGGCGUGCGAUCGUCGAGCGCGGCUUCACGUUCCCCGCUCGUGCCUGGGUGGCCUGCUGCUUGCUGCUGCUUCGCGCACCGCGCACGGUCUGUCAGAUUUCAUGUGUUGACAUCGCGCGCGCGACGCGAGAGUGAUCCGGCUUGCGUCUACUCCCAGUCCGUGUUGCCAGACAGGUACGGACAACGACCACGAUGUCGGCGAUCUUCGACAUCGAGCUGCAGGACGCGGGGCUGCCGCACAGGGACGAGUCGGAGGACGACGACGUCAUCGAGAUCGACGCGGAGGAAUGCGUCGCGCUGAACGUGAAUGAGAUCGUAAACUCAUCGGACGUGGUGGAGACAGUGUCGAUAUCGGAACAGAAUGUCAAUCGCUCGCGCGAGAAGGUCGGCCCGCAGGACUUCGAGUUGUGCAAGGUUAUCGGGAAAGGCGGCUACGGCAAGGUGUUUCAAGUACGCAAAAUAACGGGAAACGACAGCGGCACGAUCUUCGCUAUGAAGGUAUUACGCAAGGCUUUGAUUGUAAGGAAUCAGAAGGAUACAGCUCACACCAGAGCUGAAAGGAACAUUUUGGAGUCUAUAAAGCAUCCUUUUAUUGUUGAUCUCAAGUACGCUUUCCAAACUGGUCAUAAAUUAUAUCUGAUAUUGGAAUAUAUGUGUGGUGGUGAGUUGUUUGGACAUUUAAAUAACGAAGGAAUUUUUCUGGAAGACACUGCACGUUUUUAUUUAUGUGAAAUCAUAUUAGCUCUGCAACAUCUCCAUUUGCAAGGAAUUAUAUACAGAGAUUUAAAACCAGAAAAUGUUCUAUUGGACGUAAAUGGACACAUUAAGCUGACUGAUUUUGGAUUGUGUAAAGAGCACAUUCAAGAGGGUGCUGUUACACAUACAUUUUGCGGGACUAUUGAAUAUAUGGCACCUGAAAUUUUAACAAGAAGUGGACAUGGGAAAGCAGUAGAUUGGUGGAGUUUGGGAACUUUAGCAUAUGACAUGCUUACAGGAGCUCCACCAUUUACCUCAAAUAGUAGGAAAAAAACUAUUGACAAGAUUCUACGUAGCAAAUUAACUUUCCCACAAUAUUUAACGGCCGAUGCUAAGGAUCUUAUUCGGAAAUUGUUGAAGAGGCAAGUUGUGCAAAGAUUGGGAUCUGCUUCGUCAGAUGGAGAAGAAGUAAAGGCGCAUAAAUUCUUCAAACAUAUCAAUUGGGAUGAAGUUAUAACUCGACAAUUACAUCCUCCUUUUAAACCAAAUUUAUCUAGCGCAGAAGAUGUAUCACAAUUUGAUAAGAAAUUUACUACUUCGGCACCAAUAGAUUCUCCAGUUGAUUAUACUUUGAGCGAAUCAGCUGAUGGACUGUUCCAGGGAUUUACGUACGUAGCGCCCAGCAUAUUGGAAGAUGUGAUUCUUCAACCAUCUAAAUACCAUCUAAGUACUAUGUCACCACCACGAGUUAUAAAAGCCAGAAGUCCUCGUAAAGCAACUCGUGGUUUUUCACCUCGAACGACGCAUCUUCAUUUCCACAAUUUACCAAGUCACACGUACAAUGUAGUUGGCCAUACCAACAUGGAAGAUGCAGAAAUGAUUGAAAUAGGCUAACCAUUGCUAUUAGACUAGUAGAUAGCAUUUCUGCCCAAUUGCUGGAUAUUCAUGAUCCUCAGGGAAGGGUUUUAUAAAGUAGAGGGUGUGUAGUUAGGGAAUGGAUUCAAUCCAUUAUUGCAUUGGAUAUCCAGCAAUUACAUUUAGCAAAUUUUUUUUAUAUUCGUAUAUUACGUAUGAAAAUAUCAAUUAAUAGAUUAUGAUUUGACAGCGACGCAGCCGGUAUUUGGUAGCGAGUAGAGUAGUUGCAAUUUAAAUAUGAAUAGAUUUAAUAAUAAACCGCAAGAAAGUACAUUAUUUCUCAACUAGUUGUUACAGGUUACUUCAAUUAGAUACAGAUUUAUUGAAAAAAUAUAUAUUUUGCAUUGGAUUAUUUACUCAUCAAUUUUUAUAAAUAUCUAAAUAUCUUUAUUAAUGCAGCAAUCAUGUUAUUAUAUAUUCAUAUGACAAGAUCGUAAUUUGUACUGUGGUGUAGCUAAAAGUAAGCUUUUAAAAUUUUGGAAAUAUUGAAGCAUAUUGCUUGAAUCGUAACUCAUUGUCAGUCUCAGGAAACCCCGCGCUUUUCUGUUUUAAACUAUUGCAACUCGGAUAUUAAUCAAAAUUUUUAUAAACUAUUUGAAUGAUCUAUUAACUAAUUUUUCUUAAAAAAAAAAUGGACGAAAUUUUUCAUUAUUGAAUAUUUAUAAGCAGCGAUUAUUUACUUUUUUUGCUAUCUUUUUUAUACAUAAAAAAAAAGAUUUUUAGAAAGAGCAACUUUUUUUUACUGCUAAAUAUUAACUGUAAUCUAAAAAUUUUAAUUAAGAUUCGAAUUUACAACAAAAAAGUGAUGGAUUUUUCCUGGGAUUUAAUGAUUAAGAAAACUGUAUAUGAUAGAAGCUAAAAACAUGAUCUCUCUCUUGAUAAUAUUUUUACAUCUGAAGAUUUAUAUAUAUAUACAUACAUCUGUAAUAAUAUAAGUUUAUUUUAUAUCUGGAAAAUUUAUUAAUAUUUACUGAUUAUCAUUAAUUAUUUUUUUAAUGUGAAAAAGUCUCGAGAAAUGCUACCAUAACCGCUCCGCCGCUCAAAGUUUGUUCCAUAUAUACCAUACAUUGUUAGGAGAAAAUAUUUUCAGCAGUAAUAACGUUUCCAUGGCAAUAAUGUAAGAGGUAGUUUGCCUAAGUAAUGACCGUAGGGAAUGGAAUAUAUAACGCUACAAUGGAAUUGCAUUUACACAAUGAAAGUUCCUAUACAUUGCAAAUUUGAUUACAACAUAGUUUAUAUUCUUCGGAACGAAAGAACAUUUUGUUAAAUAGUCACGUGUGUAUCAAUAUCUUAGAAUAAGAAUGACCAUUGUCAUUUUGUAACUUGAAAGCACCGAAGGCUUAAAAUAUUAUAAUUGCAAAUACGGACCUAUAUUCUCGGUAUAUUUUUAGCAUCAGGUCAUAGGUUGUUCUUAUUGUAAGGUAUUGAUGUUAGAUCUAUUGAAAGGGAUGCAUGCCUAGUUCAGUUAAUAUUUGAACAAUGAAUGAAAUAAGCUCAUUUUGAAAUGGCUAUGGUUUUUUUUAACUGGUACAUUUGUAUCGUUUACUAUUACGUCCGUAUUCCUAAAACGAUAAAUACAACUCUUUGAGGUACAAAUUCAAUGUCUUCUUGAAAGAUAUUUUUACGUUACAUCGAAUGAAUGAAAAGUCAGAAUGGUAUAAGAUGAGAACGAGUUACCAUGGUAACAAUGUUACUGCAAAACAUGGACUUUCCAUCCGAAUGAGUAUUCUAUACUUGUUCCUUACACGUAUUAACGUAUCAUUUAUUCAAUUUAUUGUGUACAUACAUAUAGAUAAUCUUGAUUUUACUUACAGAACGCAGUAGGAAAAAUAGACAUAAGCAAGAGUGACUGUAAAAAAGUCACUCGCAAAAACUCCAAACUACCCAAGUGUUCAGUAGGCCAUGCUAGCAGGCAAAUAUAUCUUUUAAUUAUUUAUGACGAAUAAUAACCAUAGUCGAAAUGUAAUAUUGCCCUGAUACACAUCUCUUCUUUUCUCAAAUAUUUUUUUUCGUCUGUGGGAACAUUCUCUUGCUGGCAAGUUGCAUUUCGACUAUGUUGACUACAUAAAUAGUAAGUGCGUAUAAUAUAAAACCAUAUAAAAUCACGUUAUAUACUCAACACAGCUGUAUUAUAUUAUAAGAGAAAUGUGUAUUCAGAGACAAUGAGAAUUUCUGAUCGGUUUUUCAGUAACGUAUCUGAACACAUGUAUUUUCGACAUUAAUGCAGGAAAUGUGCCUACAGAGUUGUCAAGAUGCUAUUUCGAAGAUAUAUAUUACUCUCGACGACAUACUGAAAUUUAUUAUAAGAGAGAUACCAAUUAUAUGUCCUGAAUUACCCACUGUCAGAUUUUGAUAAAUACCAAAACUGCUGUAUAAACUAUGACUGUGUUACCUAAGAGUCGCUUUAAAUUAAAGCAUGCCAGAAUCGUUUGUGCGGAAAAGCUGUUCGACAUCACUGCCUCACAUAACGCGUUGUUACUUUCGUGGGAUAUUCCAUAUAACGAGUUUUGUUUUUUUUGUUUUUUUUUUUGUUUUUUAUGAAAUCAGGGCAUUUUUGCAAGCGAGAGAUCGGGAGCGCGUCUCCAUACAUGAGCACGAGAAAACUUUGCAGAAUGAUUUUCCUUUGUAGAUCGACGCGCUCUCAAGGAAACAUUGGUGCUGUUGUUUGAUUUUUAUUUUUAGGGGAAAUUUAAAGCCGUGUUUAGAAUCGUCGUUUUAAUCAUUAAAGUAGACAAAUUUUUUAUAUGUAUAGUGUCAUACGAUAGUCUCGUGCUCAUUUCUAGUUAAGUUUAAUCUUAAUCUAAUUAUGUGUAGUUAUAAGAUUUUUUGCAAUAAGUGUAAUUUCCGUCUUAGUGUCAGUUCUCAUACAAGUGUACCAGGAUCGAACUUUCAUCAUAAGGCCAUCAUUGUUGGAUGUUCGAGGAUAUUUAAAUGGUAUUGAAUGAGAAUUGACAUUUCUACGUGUGUUAAGUGGAUCGAUUUGUAUCGAUUCGACUCUAGUUCCAUUUUCAUAGAACGAUAAUUAAUAACUCCGCGAUCAGUUCUAUUUAUAAAGCGGAAACAUGCAUAUUUAUUUGCAGCACUAAUGCAUUAAAUGUUUAAGGGACGGAGAAAUAUCAUCGAACGAUAUAUAACGAAGUCUAGCCAUUAGACGGAAAAGUGAUAAAUGAUUUAUGCUUCCAUUCAAGACUAAAUGUAGAGUUUCGGGUUAACUUAUCCCCAUUAUGAUUUGUAAUCUCUAUAAAUCGUAAAUGAAUAUGCAACGAUUUGCGGGGAUGUGUGCGAGCGUAAGGGCGUAUGUGUGUACGACGUACGAGUGUAUGACAUAUCUUUGUCAUGUGUAUCGUUUUACUUAUUUCAGUGUUAUGUACAAUAAAUUGGGUAUAAAACUUUCA